UCCAUUGCAGAUUUUUACCCGGAUCUUCGCUCUACUGCGUCUGCGCACUGACCAAGCCGCUGCCUUCCGCAUCUCUGUGACGUCACAUACCAGAAGUGACGACACAGGUUGCAUGGACUGUGGACGAAUGAUAAACAUUGAGGUCUAUUGGAUAUGCCAUAAAUGUCUGAUCUCUGGAGGUCUGGAAACUGGGAACUCUACUUUUAUCAAAAAAUGUGAGUAUUAAGCCCCUCCAUCCCUGGUGGACAGGGUGAGCUACAGACAAUAGCUGACCUUUACCAUUUAGCUGCUGAGUAUAAGCUACGGUCAGAGUAACUGCAAGCAAUAUUCUACUUGUGCUGGAAAGAGAAGCUCAGUGGUUCAACUAUUACUGCCAUUCCUUAGCAGGAAAGCUGGGGACUGAAUAGAAAUGAGUUCGGAACAGAAUAAACCACUCUUUGUUUGUGAGGUUUGCCAAGUUUCCUUCUCCUCAGUAUUAAAUUUCAGUAACCACAUAGGAGGAAUUAAACACUGGAAUGCAGUGAAAGAAGAAUCACCUGAACUCCUAGAAAAUAUACAACGUCUACAGUAUUUUCUUGAUACAUUUCUUACAGAUGAACCUAUGCUCGGUCUUGAGUAUAUUGUUGAGCAUUGUAGGAAUGGUACAUACUCCUACAAAUGCUUGUUGUGUGACACACAAACCCCAAGAGGGACCACAAUAUUGCAUCUAUGUGGAUCAAAACACAGAAUCGUAUACCUGAAAAAACACCAUCCUGAAUUAGUGGUGAAUCAACUACAUUUUUCUAAAAGAUCUGAAUAUACACAACAAUUAAAAUUGAUUGCAUCACAAGUAGAAAAAAUGCAUGGGAGAAAACGUAUAUUGCAAGAUGCAACUGAGAUUAAUGAAGGCAAGGCUGGUCCAAAUCCAGCUAAAGUUCCUAAAAUGUCCUCAACGGUCUUUCCUCCACCAAAAGGUGUAUCUCAAAUUUCCCCAGAAAACAAAAGUGUUAUGGAAAAUAAUAUGGUAAAUACAGAGAAAUUAAACCAACUGAAGGACUUUACAACAAAUAAUGACUUUUUGAAUUACUUGCGAAGCUUCCAAAUAAAAAAUGACGGUGAUGCCUCAUUUGUCCAACAAAUCACUAAGAAUUGCACUAAAGCACUGUUGACGUUUCGUGAAGAGCAAGCUAAAACUCAGGUUUUUUCCACUGUAGCAAGCAAUACUGAUUCAAAAAAUGAUAGUUCUUCAGACAAGGCAAUUCCACCCAUGUUUCAGAACACAAGCGAAGCAACUGAUGCUUUCUUUAAUAGCAUCAAAAACAUGAAUGCAUCUGAAGUCAUUGUUACAUUGAAAAAAAUUGCUGCUACAAACCCUGCAUUUCGAGGAUAGUUGACAAGUAUCUAAUCCCUGAGGGGGAUUUCCAAAAUGGGGCCCCGGCUCUCAGAGAGAGCGCAUUCGGUAGAAUAGGAGUGAUGGAGAUGCUCUAAUGCUGAAGAGGAUAAGAAUUUUGCGCAGGGGACCUGCAACCACACAAAAAAAUGAGAUUUUACAACUAUAAACCAAAACAAAUACAGUACAUUACCGCAAUUGAAUUUUGUUUAGUGUAUUUUGAAAUGUUCAUAUUCAUGUGAAUGUGCACUCACACACAUAACAUUUAGUCAGCUUUAUACUGUUAGCUGUUACUAUUUCAUUAAAUUGUUUAACUUUUUUCUUCUUCUAGAUAUAAAUAUACCAAGCCUUAUAAAACACUUGCAAGAAACUGGGAGAUUGAAGAAUUCAUGACAGUAGAAGAUAAAAAAGUUUUAAUUAUUAUGUUUCUCAUUUUUCAUUAUUUUUUAUUGUAUGGUGACUUUUUUUUCUCAUUACCUUGCAAAACUGAAAUCAUUGUUGGGUUUAAGAUUUUUUUUCUUUUAAAGGGGUUGUGCGCUGCCCUGCAGUUCGGAGCUCCACUCACAG